GCCCAUAUUGUACUACCACUGCAGUCAUCUUUAGAGUCAGAUUAAACAAUAGAGACUGAGGCGAGAUGCUGAAAGAGAAGACACAGGACGAGUAAAAAUAUAAAAAGCUACAGGUGAGCAGAGGAAGAAUGAAGCUUGUCUCUGAGCAGAGUGUGUGUCUCUUUAAGAGAUGGAGUGUGCUAUUGAGCAGCAGGAGGAGGGGAGGGUUGGUUGGCUGCAUUGGAACAGUCCUCUCUAAUGAGCAGAUUUUCUGAGAGACAUAUACACACAGAGAGAGAUCAGGAGAGGGAGAGAGAGACUGAGAUCCAGCCAUAGGAGGAGAAGAGAUUGUAAGAGCAAGACAGCAGGAAGGACGGCAGGCUGUGCGUCAGCCAGCGCUCCGUAGGGAAACAUGAAGACAAGCAGGAGAUGCUGAAGAAGACACAACACACUAUAACAGGAUCAUAUAGAUGGAUGUUAUUUCAUCAAGCAGACAACCUGGAGACAACCCACGCAGAAGAUAAACCACUUAUGGACGCAGUGGAUUAAAGACCUACAGACAGACUGAAAGAAAGAGAGGGAGAGGAGUGAUAGAGGAAGAGAAAUUAAUCAAUUCAGUUGUUUAUUUUCAUUGUCUGUGUGUGCGCACUUGCUGUCAGAAAGAGUGUGCGUGUGCCUGCAUAUAGUGUGUACCUGCAUAAGGCAGGAGACUGCAUUGCUGCUAUCCAGCAAGACAGGACAGACAAAAAAGAAGGCAGCCAAGCAGAUUAUGUUUCCCCAUUUUUCUGUCUCUCCCUCUCUCUAUGCAUAUAUGUGUUACCUUGCUGUGCAACCAAGGAGUGUGUGUCUGUGUGUGUGUGUGAAGACUGAGAAUAAGAAGAGGAUGGUGAAGCCUCAAGUGAGCUACAGUUUUAAAUAAUCUAAGUCUGAUCAUCAGGAGUGAGCUUGAAGGAAAGAAAAAAACAAUUUCUGCAGAGGAGAGUUGUCUUCUGUUUUUUCUUCAUCACACAACAUGUCACAGCUCCAGUUUGGAUCGCUGUGCUGAUCAGGGAGCCUAAGGGUGGCUUCGGUGCUGGAGGCUUGGAGGUUGGAAGGGCUGCCACCGGGGAGACUUGUCGGCUUUACGCCCCAGAGAUUUGGAGGCAUCAUCAGGUAGGAGACGACUUAACACGGGGGCUUGAGCAGACAGCAGGAGAGGAGUAGGAGGAAGAGUUGCGUGUGUGUCUUGGACUGUGUAGGCAGGCCGGUGACAGGACUGGUGGAGCUGCCUGAUGGCUUAAACUCUUGCUGAGAGAGGAUAAUGGCAGCACUGGGCCCACUCUCCUCCUCUCUCACCUGCAUCUGCAACAAAGAAGCUGGAAAGUGCUAGUCAGUAUCACAAAGAGCCUGUAAAGAAGAUGGUGUGAACAGCAUCACCCUUUCCCACCACGCUGGGAGACCCCUGACACCCCUGUGAGGGGCCAAGUUUUGUUGUUCACCUUGUUUCUCCUUCCUCUUCUCCAAACCAGAUGAAAACAAGGAGUAACAUUGCUUGAUUUGUGUGGGAGUUCUCUCCCUGUCCCUCCCUCUCUCUCCUCCUUCCCCCCGACCUCCCCAACCUCCAAACUCAGCUUCAUGGGUUGGUUCUAGCACCAGCCUGUCCUUAUUUAUCCUCCCUUCGUUUUAUUUUCCUUUUCUUCUUCUUUUUGUCGAGGCUUCAGGGGAAUUGCCAAGACCUGUUUCAUGCAUGUCCACUGGCGGCAGGUUCAACUUUGACGAUGGGGGGUCAUACUGCGGCGGGUGGGAGGACGGCAAAGCGCACGGCCAUGGGAUCUGCACGGGGCCCAAGGGCCAAGGCGAGUACUGUGGGUCGUGGGCCCAUGGCUUUGAGCUGUUGGGUGUCUACACUUGGCCCAGUGGGAACACCUACCAGGGUACCUGGGCCCAGGGCAAGAGACAUGGCUUGGGUGUCGAGAAUAAAGGCCGCUGGGUGUACAAGGGUGAGUGGACGCACGGCUUUAAGGGACGAUAUGGCCUACGGGAGAGCACAGGGACAAGUGGGAAGUACGAGGGGACGUGGAAUAACGGGCUUCAGGAUGGAUACGGAACAGAGACGUACUCAGAUGGAGGAACAUUUCAGGGCCAGUGGGUUGGCGGGAUGCGGCAUGGAUAUGGAGUUCGUCAGAGUGUUCCGUAUGGCAUGGCGGCCGUCAUCCGCUCCCCGCUCCGUACCUCAAUAAACUCUCUUCGCUCUGGUUCGGAACACAGCAACGGUACAGCUCUGCUGGACCGGACUGGAGCGGUGGUUCCUGGCCCUCCUUCUGUUCCUGGGACACUGACCACCAGUGUGUCCAUGUGCAGCACGGGAAGCAGUGGCAGCAGCCCCGCUGUGUCUCGUGGAGGUUUUGUGCUGACGGCACACAGCGAGGCUGAGCUGCUGAAGGGGAAGAGAAAAGGCGGGUUGUUCCGAAGAUCCAUCCUGUCUGGGCUCAAGCUAAGGAAGUCUGAGUCCAGGAGCUCUCUGGCCUCCCAAAGGUCUAAACAGAGCUCAUUUAGAAGUGAAGCUGGGAUGAGUACUGUGUCCUCUGCUGCAUCUGAUAUCAACUCUACUAUCAGUCUUGGAGAUGCAGACACAGAGUUGGCUGUCGCUGAUGAUGAUGUGGACGCCACGGCAACAGAGACCUACUGCGGGGAGUGGAAGAACGACAAGCGGACAGGGUUCGGUGUGAGUCGGCGGUCCGAUGGGCUGCAGUAUGAGGGGGAGUGGCUUAGCAACAAACGUCAUGGCUAUGGCUGCACCACAUUUCCUGAUGGCACAAAAGAGGAAGGAAAGUAUAAACAGAACAUCCUAGUGAGUGGCAAAAGGAAGAACCUGAUCCCCCUCCGGGCCAGUAAGAUCAGAGAGAAGGUGGACCGAGCCGUGGAGGGAGCGCAGAAGGCAGCCGACAUUGCUCGACAGAAGGCCGAGAUCGCUCUGUCCAGGACGGCUCAUGCACAGGGUAAAGCAGAGGCAGCAGUAGGAGCAGCUCAGAAAGCCCAAGAAGAGAGUCGCAUGGCCAGGCUCACCGCCAAGCAGUUCUCGCCUUCCUUCCAACACCCAGGAAAUGGCAUGGAGGUGCAGCGUCCCAAACGUCAGGUGUCCAGUGAAGUGGAGGGCGAGGGACUGUCGAGUAGCGCUGGCACCGCCGAUAGCCCUGACCUUUACGUCAAGAGCGCGGGCUCCGACGACCCCUCUAACGAUGCUGCAACCCCAGACCUCAGCCCCCCUUCUUCCUCACCACCCCACACGCCACCUCCCCCUGCCCGACCAUCUCAGCGCAGCAAGAGUGCUCGCUUUCACCGGCAGAGUGCCGUGGACCAUGGGGACAGGGGGAAAGAUGGAGGAGAAAGGGGUGAGAAAGGUGGCGGAGGAGGGCAGACAGAGAUCCAGGUGUUGAUGGAGGUAGGAAGUGGGGGAGGUGAAGGCGGAGGAGGAGGGAAGGCGGAGUAUUCACGGGCCAACAGCUGGAGUGAGGACAAGAGGAGAGGGGUGUCGUCAAAAGGGGGACUCAGUGGACGAGGAGCUAGCCGUACUAAUGGGCACAAACACAGCUCCUCCAAUCACAAGUCCCGAGAACACGGGUUAUCUAAUCACAGACAGCCCAGAGGGGACAGGUGGACAGAGUCAUCCUCUUCUGCUUCCUGGACAUCCGGGCACAGAGGCGUGCAUGGCAGGGGAGGCCGGCUGCUGGAGCAGGAUGAGGAGAAAAUUAGCAAUUAUGAGAUGGAGAUGAAGCCUUUACAGCCCAGAGACUCCACUACCCACAAACCCUAUGGGCAUGGGGAGGAGAGGCACGGGCAGAGUCAUGCUCACGGAGAGGGGCGCUCGCAUACUGUGCAACGACAAAGGCAUAAGAACCGUGAUGGGAGGGAGGGGAGGGAAGGAAGAGACGGGAAAGAGGGGAGGGAGGGGGGUAAGGACUCAGUGCACAAACUGGACAGACCAGGGGAAAAGAUGGAUUCACGGCCUUUACGUCGAGACCUCACUCUCUCUCCCCCUCUGAAGUCCUCGCCCAUUACACCGGAGCAGCACGACCACAGCCUCAUGCAGAGCAAAGGCAAUUCGGCCUACAGCUCUGUCCUCGUUGUCAUGGUGAUUCUGCUCAACAUUGGAGUGGCUAUUUUGUUUAUCCACUUUUUUAUUUGAAGACGGCACCACUUUCAGAGUCAGCCUAUCUAUGCUACAACAACUAUAAAUUCAUGAGUAUUACAACAAAUCUGCUGCUCCGUCGUAUUGCUGGCAAGAGGAUUGCAACCGGUUAAAGGAAGACAAGGACCAAGGAAGGCUUCGCCAUCAUUUGGGCUAAAGGUGGCUAACCCCAGCUGAGUUUGGUUAAGUUUCCGUGAAAGAGAUGCUGAAGUGUGUAACCCAAAGAAGUGGCGGAAAGAGGGAUAGAGCAGUAUAGGUAACUGAACCACAGGGAGAUAACAUAGUCCAGAAACUGGACUUAGGUGACCUUCAGUGGUUCAUAUAUAGACUCAAAAGGGCAGGACAGGUCUGAUCUCCAGAACAUGAGAGCUGCAGCUGGCAUUACAGCAAGACGUCUGCUUCCACUGUCUGUAGACAGGACUGACGAGACAGACUUUUUCAUCUUCAAAUCAUAGUUUUCAAAAGAUUUGUAACUUCUAAUUUAUUUAUUAACAUUUUCUCUCAUGUAUAAUAUGUUGAUGGAUAUAGUCUUUAUUUUGUAACCUUCCAUCCCUCUUUAUACUGUUUAACUCCUGCCUUUUGGUUCCUCCUCCCCCCCAGGCGUUGUUACUGAUGACUUGAGGUAUGUGUCUGUGUGUGUGUCUGAAAGACUCAGGCGUUUCCAAGUGUGUUCUGCCUGGAUAUAUGGUUGAUGGCUCCCUGUCCACACACACGCACACACACACUUUUGGGGAAACUGCGUAGGUUUACAUUCAUUUCCUGGAGAUCUUCCUUCACUUGGAUCACUGACCCUCCCGUUUGUCUUAUCACAUUCUUCAUGCUAUGCUGACAGAGAAGAGAUGUGUGUGUGUUUCUUAUUCAGCAAUGUGUGUGUGUAUGUAUGAGUAUACAGUUGUAUGUGUUGUCUUCAAGUAGCUCAGUGGCCUUUCAUGCUGUUCAUGAACUUUACCAGAGCAUUCCAUGAGGACACCUCCACUGCUCAUCCACAUCUAGCCUACUAGCAUCACCUGACAGCUGUGCUCUCUCCAUCUCUUCCUCCUACUCUCUCCCACCUCCACACACACUAGUCAGAGGAUGGUGCUUCCUAUGAGUUGGUGGUAGUUCAAGACAGACUGUCCUUGGCAAAGCCCUGCGCCUACUGUACCACUAGCUGGGUUAUUUAGAGGCAAUACUGCACUCACUGAAGCAAAGCUUGCAUGGGCAAUGCCAGAUAUGUGACUUAAAUGACCGUAUCCCGUGGAUAAAUCAGUGUCUCCCACUGCUUCUCUCAAAAUUUAACCUGAAGACAACAUCAUUUAUACUCUACUUGCAAGAUGUUUGAAAAAAAAAAAUGUCACCACUUGCCUUGCUUUUGUAGCGCAAACUGAUAAAAGUACAACAAUGCAUGCAUAUGUACUGUAAUAUCUUAGUUGUGCGUUGAAUCUGAAAGUGAAUGAAGCUUCAGAAGCACAUAUUAAGUUUUGAUAGGAGCAGUGUCUGGAAAGAAGCCUGUUUGGCGCUGAUCAUGAAGCUGAGAUAAAACAGAAUCCAGAUGUCUUUCACAGACUGUUAUUGAUCUUUUCUGGGUUAAAUGAAACCAACUGAUGCCUCUGUGUGAAGCUGAGUGAUACUUCAUGCAGCCUGACAAGAACUAACUGUUGGAGAGGAUUUUAGUCAAAUAAUGCAAAACCAUUGUGAAGCAAGUAGUGGCUGGGAUUAAGGUCAGGAUUUACUGUCUCCUUUCCUCAGCUUCUCCUCCAACAAUUCAAGACCCUGCAUCACAAAUGGACAGACUAAGGUACAGUCACAAAUACCAAUCACUAUUUGGCUAUUUUUAUAAUCCAGUAAAGGUGUUGUGAGUGUGUGUAUGUGUGUGUGUGUGUGUGUGUGUGUCUCAAAACCAUCCGGCAGACCAGUCUCCAUUUGUUUGCAUGUGUGAACAUGACUGCUCAUUGUUGUGUCUGAACAUGUGUCCAUAUCCUCCUCCUUCCAUGUGAUGGGAUGGGAUGGCUGAGCACGUUGCCGUCAGUAACAACUUCCAGGUGGCAGGGAGGCUCGCUGUUGUUUUUUUUUUUUUGUCCGACAGCUUUUCUAAAAGUAUGGACUGGAGCUCAAACUCUGCUGUAGGCCCAUUUCUGGUGUUUCCCCACAUUAUUACAAGAGUACAGUGCCAGAACAAUAUAUUUUCAUUUCACUGAGUCCCAGACUGAAGCUCUGCUGUAAGCCAUCAGCCUGGUGACGAUGCCCUGCACCACCCAGUUAGUCCGCAGCAUGCUACAGCAUGCUAAGCUCUCUCUCUAUAGUUUGACUCUUCCUUCUUUCUUUCUUUCUUUCUUUCUUUCUUUCUUUCUUUCUUUCUUUCUUUCUUUCUGUUUCUGGGAAUUACUCUGUUUUGUUUUUGAGUUAUGUGGAGAAAAUAAUGAAAGUGUUUGAAAUAAAACGAC